GUCGCACGGUGUGGAGUUCCUCGAAGCCGUGGCGGCCCUCGACAUCAACGCUGUCGAACGUUCCCGCCGUGCCUUUUGGCGCCGCCUGCCUGUGCCGUCUCCGCGCAAGCUCAUGACACGCCGUGACGUAGCAGCCUGGUUACACUCGGCUGAUCUAAAGCUGUAUCAACAAUGCGUCGAGUUCUUGCUGCCUGAUGUACUGCGCCCUAUCCCGCCGCAGCUUACUCAGGCCAUCCGCAACUUCGCCAAAGGCCUGGAAGCGGCGCUGGCAGCCGGCGGGUCAGACGCGCCGGCGCCGGCGGGCCGAGCGCACGCCGCCGCCGCCGCCGCGCUGGCCGCCGCGCUGCGCCGGUACACGUCGCUCAACCAUCUGGCUCAGGCCGCGCGCGCCGUGCUCACUAACCACAACCAGAUACAGCAGAUGCUGGCGGACCUGAACCGUGUGGACUUCCGCGUGGUGCGCGAGCAGGCGGCCUGGGCCUGCUCCCGCGCCAGCGCCGCCGCCGCGCACCGCCUCGAGCAGGACUUCAAGGUACGACACAUGUAGUACACU